AUGCGCUGCACUGAGCUGAAGGCCGCCCGCCAAAAGGCGCGGGCAGAAGGCCCACCUGCUGCUGCUGAGUGUCUGCCAAUCACUCUGUCGCUGCAGGAGCCAGCAGCAGCAGCAGCAGGAGGCAUGCUGUACGCAGCAACGCGGACGCUGCAGCAGCUGCGGCUCAUAGAAGGAGCGCAGCGCCUUCUCCGCAUUGAACCCAUGCAGGAGCAGCAGCAGCAGCACAAACAACUGGAGAAACACACAGAAUGCAAUAACACUGACAGCAGCAACGGCAGCAGCAGCAGCAACGGCAGCAGCAGUAGCGACGGCAGCAGCAGCAGCAACGGUAACAGCAGCAACGGCUGCAGCAGCAACGGCUGCAGCGGCAGCAACGGUAGCAGCAGCAGCAAUGGUAGCAGCAGCAGCAGUGGUAGCAGCAGCACCAAUGGUAGCACCAGAAGCACCAAUGGCAGCAACAGCAACGGCAGCGCCAGCAGCAACGGUAGCAACAGCAGCAGCAGCAGCAGCAGCAGCAGCAAAGUCAGAGAGGCCCUCGUCACCAUUCGCAACGCGUCGGCCUUAGGGAAGGCUGAGGCUCUUCCCCUAAUGCAUUUCGUUGCGAGCGCAGACCAGCAGCAGCAGCAGCAGCCGCAGCAGCAGCAGCUGCUGCAGCUUCAAGCAGCAGCAGCGGCCCCCGGCGGCGCAGCAGCAGCAGCGGGGCUGGACGCGUGUCCUCCUCGAGCGCCGGCUGCGUGGUGGGCGGAGCUGCUGGGGGGCGGCGGGGCGAGCAGCAGCAGCAGCAGCAGCAGCAGCAAGAAGCGCAGCAGCAGCAGCAAGGCCUGCGUGCUGCAGGAAAGCCUGCGGCGAGUGGCUCGCCUCGCGCUGCUGUGCCGCUUCUUUUAUGACCAGCAGCCGCUGCAGUUCUCUCUGGGGGGCCUCUGCUGCAUCUGGGCAGCAAGA